AUGACACGCGUGAUGAAUGGUGAGGCAGGUGCCGAGCGGGAUAGGGGGGGGGGGGGGGGGGGGGGUAAAAGAAGGAUAGAACGAAGGGAUAGGAUGGGGGAUUGGGAGUGUGGGGUGGGGGGGGGGGGGAGCUUACAGCAUGUAACUGCCAUCUAUGGUAGUAGUGGUGGGGGGGGGGUGGGGACUGGAGAUGGGUGGAUAUAUGUGGGGAGGGGGGGGGGGGGGGGGGGGGGGGGGGUAGGAAGGGAGGGGACAAGCAGACAUUACAGAAAUGUUAGACUCGUUAAGAUAGAGAUCAGGCGUGGGGGGGGGGGGGGGGGGUGGUGGGGGGGGGUGGGGGGGGGGGGGGUUUGGGGUGUGAUUGGAGAGUGGGAGAAUAUACUAGAUACUCACUAG